UCCUCGCUGUCCCUCUCUCCAACUCUCAUUCCCUCCCUCCCGUCUUCUCCAUCCCUCACAGUUUCACUCCCUUAUCCUCAACUCCUCUCUCCCCUUUCUCUCACCACUCUCAGUACUCUUAACUCACUCCCCUCUCUCGUACCUCUCUCCCAUUACCCCGACCCCACGCUGUCCCUCCGUCCAUCUCUCUCUCUCCCUCCUUCUGACACUCUCUCCGCAUCCCGACCCCUCGCUGUCCCCCUCUCACUCUCCCUCCCAUCUCUUACGUUACCCUUAAUCUCCUCUCUCCAUUGCACCCUCUCUCACUCCCCGCUCCUACCCACCGUCCCCUUUCUCUCUCUCUCACCAACUUUCACACACACACAGACACAAAAACCCCUCACCUCUUCUGAGAGGACUCCAGCAACCUCAGGCGUGCACCAAUAGAAAACGAGCGCGCACCAAGCGCUGACUUCACUACUCGGCGUGUCAUCCGGGCGUGACCAGGGCCGAGAGCUCAGCAAUGCUCCCCACCCUGGCCGGUGCCUAAGCGUGGGUCCCGAACCUCUUUGACAGCCCAAAAUAAAGACGGGGGGUUGCCAACUCCACUCUACAAUGGAUUGCACCAUUAAGGAGGCUCUGAACGCUGUGAGUGAGAACCAGGGGCUUUACGAGUCUUCAUACCCUCCAUCUCAUCUAAUCAAGCCCGAGAUGACAUCCGGGGUCUACGCGCCCUCGGCCAAAAGCAGCCCAGAGGUUGGGGAAACAGACUGGGGCAACCAGAACAGUCGGGUCACGGUGAAGCGCGAGGCAGAGCAGGUGAACGGUACCAGCGAGACGCCAGUGGACUGCAGCGUGGUGCGAAGAGGCAAGAUGCUGAGCGGGCAGGAGGGGGUCCCAGUGGUCUACAACACCAGCUACGGGAGCGAGCAGCGCGACAGCCCCCCCUCCAGCAGCAACAAUGAGAAAAGGGUCAUCGUACCCGCAGACCCCGGGGUGUGGACCCAGGACCAUGUCCGCCAGUGGCUGGAGUGGGCGGUCAAGGAGUACGGCUUGUCAGACGUAGACAGCAGCAUCUUCCAGAACAUUGAUGGCCGGGAGCUGUGCAAGAUGACCAAGGACGAUCUGAUGGGUCUCACCACUGAGUACAACGUCGACAUCCUGCUCUCCCACCUCAAUUACCUCCGAGCAAACAGCCCCACCUUCACCUACCCAAACGCAGGCUCCCACCCACAGCAAACCAGCCGGCCCCCCAUCAAAACAGAAGCUGUGUAUGAAGAACCACGCAGAACAAGUUGGGUCGGGUGUACAAACACCGUGACAAAAGGUUCCCCACCUCAGCCUUCGACUCCGGGCCGUCCCUCCGAACAGCCUCGUUUACACCCAGAUUCCUACCAGAUGCUGUCCACUACAGCCUGCCGAAUGACCAACCCAGGCAGCGGACAGAUCCAGCUGUGGCAGUUUCUCCUGGAGCUCCUCUCCGACGGCUCUAACGCGGCCUUCAUCACCUGGGAAGGUAACAACGGCGAGUUCAAGAUGACGGACCCGGACGAGGUGGCGCGGCGCUGGGGGGAGCGCAAAAGCAAGCCCAACAUGAACUACGACAAGCUGAGCCGCGCCCUCCGCUACUACUACGACAAGAACAUUAUGACCAAGGUCCACGGCAAGCGCUACGCCUACAAGUUCGACUUCCAGGGCAUCGCUCAGGCACACCAGCCCCACGCCCCCGAGUCGCCCAUCUUCAAGUACUCGGCCGAGCUGCCCUUCGCCGGCUACCACCACCCGCAGAAGACCAGCUUCACCUCCGCUGCCGCGACCGGGCCGCCACCAACGCACCACCCCUCCCCCGCCCCUGCCCCUGUCUCCAGCGCCCCGUUCUUCGGUCCCGGCAGUACCUACUGGAGCUCGGCGCCAGCCGCUAUCUACCCGGCGCCCACCGUAGCCCGUCACCCGGGAACCCACGUCCCUUCCCACCUAGGAGCCUUUUACUGACCAAGGGUGGGUGGAACCCUCGACGGCCGUGAACCACUCCCCCACGCCCCUUUCCCGUCCUCCCGCCCUUCUCCCGGCUUCUCGGGAACCAAAGGGUUAACGCAUCUUCUCAGUGGACCUUUCCGUCUCUCACUCUCCUAACCCAACGUAAGCAUCCGUCGAGGCACGCCGUCUUGCUCGGGGACUUGGUCACGGAGAUCUACGCAACAGAACUGCAAGCCUGCGUACAACCCCGGCGUAUUUCUCUCGCUUGGGACAUUUACCUGGCGAUUUUUAUCUCACGGACAAUUGGCGACGACAUUAUCCCGAAGAACAACCCCGGGCUCUCGUCGUAACGAAGAAAUGUGUGUAUAUAUAUAUAAUGUUUUAUAUAAUGUAUAAUUGUAGCUGUGCGAAAGAAGUUGCUGUCGAAGGAGCUUCGUCAAUGAAGAGUAGCAGCCAUCCUCGGACCGGACGCCAGACUGUCGGUUGUCUGUACCGUUUCCACAGCCCCCUCCUUCUUUCCACCUCCAUUCCGCGCUCCACGCAGCCCACUUCCCCCCAGGAAUGAAUUCGUUUGGGGAGGGAGGUCAGAUGACGGGACUCGAAUCCUUUCUUGGUGGGCGCUAUAGAAGGUGAAUGAUGUUUGGGGUAGGGAGUGUCUCCUGGUGAUGGGGUUCAGUGAGAUGCGCAUGAAAGGCGGGGAGGGUCGGGAGCAGGGUCAUUGGAUUGAUGGCUGUCAGGAGAGGAGAUUGAGUUCAAGGAUGUCAGGAGAAGGAACGUGUCGAUUGAUCAUCGAUUCAAUGAGGUCAGGAUGGGAGAGAGAAACCUUUGGCCACGGACCUAAUGACAACGUGACAGGAAGCGUGCCCAAGGGUCACGGACUCAGUGAUAUCAUUGAUGAGCCUGUUAUAUUUGAUUCAAUGAGUUCAUUGAUCAAUUACAUCAUGAAAGCGGAACGUGUCCGCUGGUCAAUUAAUACAAUAAGUCGUGUCUACUGGACAUGAACCCAAUGACAUCAUGACAAGGCGAGCGUCUGUUGCUGCCUUUGAGGCCAUGAAAGGGGCGAGCCCAGAUGACGCGUCCUGACAAUAGGGUGUGUCCAUUGGUCAAGGAUCGGAGUGCAUCAAUUGGUCAUUGGAGAUGACAUCAUGAUAAUGAUGUAUGUCCAGUGACCUUGAUUCAUCAAGGUAAUGAUAGGAUUGGAAUGUCGAUUGGCUAUGAAUUGGAUGUCAUCAUGACGGGAGAGUGCCCAUUAGUUGUAGGUUCAAUGAGGUAGCAGUAAGGGAGUGACGUCGCGACAUAGGAGUGUGUCUAUUGGUCGCUGUCGAGGUCACGAUGGGUGGGUUGGGUUGAAGGGAGAGGGUCUGGUGGAAGUGCUCCACCAUCACGCACGCACUGGAGAUCUUUGAUUCGAUUGAUCCCAUUUUCACUGCUAUCUCACUGUACGUGCGAAGUUUAUCCGCUCACUGUCGCUUCCCUCGAGUUGUCUUCCACGUUCCCGUCAGUAAGGCUUGUGAGGUUAAUUAACCUUCGAUCUUUGGGUGUGUGGGUGAGGGGUCAAAGCGCGCGGGACUCCUAGAAAUUGGGAUUAACCCUGAAUAGAUGCCUGAUGAUUGGCAGAGAUCAUUAAGCCUGUCUCCUCGAGACACCAUCCCACCCCCACGCAAAGGUGCAGCAAUCGACAGCUGAAUCCCCGACAUCCGACCCCCCCCCCCCGGCCAAAUCCACCGUAGACCCGUUCUUCCUCCCCAGCUAGACAACGGGUGGAGAAGGGCCUUGAGCUGUGAAAGGGAGUUGAGGACGAACAAACGGACGUCCCAGACCCUCUCCUUAUCCCAGGCUCCGAGGCCCCAUUAAGGUCACAGAAUACACGGCCCUGGAAAAACUUGGUUGAAGGUGUGGGGGGCGGGGGAGAGAGCCGGGAUUGCCGUAGCUUCUGUGUUUUACUUUGAUGUAAUGAAGUAAAUAAAUUUAUAUUUAGAGGACCCGGGGGUGACUGUGAACACGUCUGAAGUCCGAAACUUUCCUUUGACCCACCGCCUACAUUUCCCGAGCACCAUAUUGGCCAUCACGGGGGACAACUGUCUCUCUCCUCUUAUUCUUCUCUCUUCUCAUUCACACACACACUCAUUGACCCUCACUACUGGGAGACAAGCCUGCCUGUGUGUGUGUGUGUGUGUGUGUCUGUCUCUUGUCUCUCUCUCUCUCUCACUCACUCACUCACACACACACACAGUGGGGGAAGGAUUUCUCUCUCUCAAAUAUACACUGACCCUCAGUGGGGGAUGGAUAUCUGUCACACAAGCACACACACACACUGACCCUCAGUAGGGGGACAGAUCUCUCUCACAUACACGCGUUGAUUCUCACU